GCAGCUGAGAGUCCAGAAGAGCAGUGAAGGCUGGGCUUGACAGUCUCAGCUCUUGUGUGUGUGUGAACUUCAAGGAGAAAGUGAGAAGAGGGCCUUGUGGGGACUGGAGAGUGGUGGUGUGAAUUGGGAAUAUGGGAAUAGAAGAGUCUGCCUGUUAAGAACUGGAGUCUGUACUGAAGUUGUGAAGACAAAAUAUCUAAAGCACAGAAAUCAUGGGAGCUGAAGAAGAAAUGCUCAUCACUCUGUCUGGAGGUGCCCCCUGGGGCUUCCGCCUGCAAGGGGGUUCAGAGCAGAAAAGACCCCUUCAAGUGUCAAAGAUUCGAAAGAGAAGCAAAGCGUGCCGUGGAGGCCUGUGGGAAAAUGAUGUUCUAGUAUCUAUCAAUGGGAAGUCAUGUGCUGGCCUGUCCCAUGCUAAUGCCAUGCAGAUCAUCGAUUCCUCCAAUGGCAUGCUCAACAUCCGUGUGAAAAGGAUAGUUGGUGGGGACCAGACUGGCCCGAGGCUCCAGCGUUCCCCUUCUCCAGGGCAGCAGGUGCUCUCUCCAUCAUCUGUGCUCAGCCCCCCAGCACAGUUACUCAGCUCUGAACCAGCAGGAGCUCCAGCCACCACACAGCCCUCACAGCCAUGGAGGUCGCAGAGGCACCUGGAGAGCCUCACGUCCCCACCGGACAGCGAGGCCUACUAUGGUGAGACAGACAGCGAUGCUGACAAUGUGGCACAGGAGAAGCACCGCCGGGCUCGCAAGAAGAGCCCACGCUCCCCACCUGAGAGCACCACCAGCAAGGCGGACGCACCUCAGGACGAGGUGUCCCUGUCUGAACAGAGUGGCUAUGAGAGCAUGCCAGAGGCUGCUGCACAGGGGGGAGCAGAGCUGGCCAGCUCCAACAGGGUGGCCAAGAGGGAGAUUGUCUGCCUGCCUGGCAGUCGCACAGACACUCCAUUCUCAGACAGCGAGGGACAGUUGCAGCCACCGUCAAUAGAGGGACGGGAGCCCUCUCCAGAGGCAAUGCUCCUGCCCCAUGCCACCAAGGCUAUCCGAGCGGAACGCCAUCUCAUCCCCAUGGUGGGGCCAGUGGAACAUCCGAUUGAUGAAGACCUAACCACCACGUAUACAGAGAAAGCCAAGCAGGCCAAGCUCCACCGCCACGAAAGCAUCCAGGAGAAGAACGUGAAAGAAGCUAAAACCAAGUGCAGAACCAUUGCAUCCCUGCUGACAGAUGCACCCAACCCCCACUCCAAGGGGGUGCUGAUGUUUAAGAAACGCAGGCAGAGGGCUAAGAAGUAUACAUUGGUAAGUUUUGGGAGUGUUGAUGAAGACCGCUCCUACGAGGAAGAAGACGGAGUUUUUCCAACUAGUGAAUCUGAAUUUGAUGAGGAAGGUUUCUCUGAUGCCCGAAGCCUAACUAAUCACUCAGACUGGGACAACACUUACCUAGACAUUGAAAAAUCCAAAUCUGACUCUGAACAGAAGGAGGAGAAGCAAAAAGGUUUGACUGAGGCCUCAGGUAAAGGAGCACGAUUAUUUGAGCAGCAGAGGGAACGGGCUGGGAAGUACACAGUUGAGAAAACUCCAGUGCAGAAGAGUUCAGAGCUUGCCCCGGCUGCCCAGCCAAAGCAGGGCACAGUGAACGGAGAUAUGCCUGUGCCAGACAAGGCAGACAACGUGCCCCUCAGCAUCCAUCUGGAAGGUGUGCAAAUGCCCAGCAAGCAGCCAGCCACCAUCCCCACUCAGCUCCUGACUGCCCCCAGCCCCACUUUCUUCCCACCUCCCCCAAGCACCCCUGACCCCUUCUCUGCAAGUUCAACAAGCAUGUUCAACAGGUCUGCACGGCCCUUUACUCCUGGCUUUUCUGGCCAACGUCCAGCAACAUCUUCUGUCAUCUUUAGGCCAUCUGCACCCAAAAAACCCACUGAAAGUCUGAGUGGGCAAAGCACGGGGGCUCCCCCUUUCUCACCUCUGGUUCCAGGAACACCUGCCAAUGCACCAGUGCUAACACAGCGUGGUCCAGUGAGCUCCUCCACAUCUCUGUAUAUUCCUGCACCAGGAAGACCAACAUCACCACUGGAGUCACAGCCAAAAGGGGGAGGAAGCACUUCAGAGAUCAAGCCUUCUGCCAACACUGCCCGGACAUCCACCACCUCUAUCUUUCUCUCAAAUCCCUCAAAGCCAGGAGGGGAUAUGGCCUCCACAGCAUCCCAGCCACGAGUCCCAGGAACAGCCUCUUCUUCAUUGUAUAUUAGUCCAGCACCAUCACAGCACAUGAGAAGCAGCUCCCCUCUGCCAAAACAGCCUUCUCCUGCUAUCACUCCAACAAUGCCACGACCUCCUUCGGAUCCCUUAACCUCCAGGGAGCAGAGGAUUUCUGUGCCAGCUCCCCGCACAGGCAUCCUGCAGGAGGCUCGCCGACGGGGCAACAAGAAGCCCAUGUUUAGUAAAAUUGAGGAGAAGAAGAAGAAUUCACCCAACCCUGAGCUCCUGUCUCUGGUGCAGAACCUGGAUGAGAAGCCAAAAGGUGACCACCCUGGGGCAGGCUUUGAGUCGGGGCCUGAGGAGGACUUCCUCAGCCUGGGUGCUGAGGCCUGCAACUUCAUGCAGUCCUCAGGCCGCAAGUUCAAGACCCCACCUCCAGUGGCCCCCAAGCCUCAGCAAGAUGCUGGAUUAGUAAAUGGGGCGCAGGACAUGCCUCAGCUUAAAGGCAAGGGGGCAGAGCUCUUUGCCAAACGUCAGAGCCGCAUGGACAAAUUUGUGGUGGAAACAACACCGAAGCAAGAGCACAAGCCCAGGACCCCCUCUCCAUCCCCUUCUCUACCCUCAUGCUGGAAAUACUCACCCAACAUCCGGGCUCCCCCUCCAAUAGCUUACAACCCAAUGCAUUCCCCUUUCUAUCCCCUGGCAGCUAGCAAAUCUCAGGCUAGCAAAGCAGAGAGCAAAGUGAAAAAGGCACCUGGCCAGAAAUCAGGGAUCAAGGUCAUUGAUUUAAUGCGCCACCAGCCCUAUCAAUUAAAGUCAGCCAUGUUCUGUUUUGGGGAUCCCCCAAGCCCCAGCACUCAGAAUACUCCUGGUCAGCCAACCCCACAGGCUAGCUCAUCCUUCAUGGCAGCCAAGCAGGUCCCUGUGAAAAUAGCCAAGACCCAGGAGAUUCGUCGCUUCUCCACGCCGGCUCCCAUGCCAGCCUCCAGCAGCCUGGCACCCACUGUGCUUGUGCCCCGCUCAGCCACCACGCUGGAUGAGCCAUUGUGGAGAAUAGAAAUGGCCUCUUCUGCCCCUGCCACACCAGCACCCUUCCAGGUGGAGCUCAGCCCCUCCCCUAAGCCAUAUCAGAGCUCCCCAGAGCCUGGACAGGUGGGACAGGGACCUCCUCUAAACUCAGCCAAUGCCUCUCGGUUUCAGGUGGCCAGGCCCAAAUUCUCUGCAGCAAGAACAGGCAUGCAGGCCAAUGUGUGGAGGCCAAGUUUUGGCCAUCACUGAGUCAGGUACCCCUCCCAUCCUGUCUGUGGCUCCUCAGAGAUAGCGCUUGUUUUGUCUUUCAUGUCAGCGCAAGUACGUUGGGAUGAGUGAUGCAAAAUGAAGGAAAAAACCUCAAAAAAUUACUGCCCUUUGGCACCACCCCCUUCCCCAGCCUCCCCUUGGUCUCAGAUGAGAUACUUCCUGGAAAGGCUUACUGGCUGUGGCUACAGCAGGAGGAAGAAUGUGGAGAGAGGGCACAUGUGUGGUAGAGAGACUGGGAACUUGUACACAGCAGCAAAACCCUCAUCCAGAGGGGGUUAACUCACAUGGAGACACACAUGAAGCAGUAGUUUUCCUUUCCCAAGGGCUUUGGAGUCACCCCUGCAUGGAAGCAAACUAGGAGGCAAGAGCUUUCCAGGAAGAGAGGGUGAGAGGUGGGAAUACAGAACAGAAGCCCCAGCUUUCCCAUUAGAUUGUCCUCUGAUCCUCCCAGUCUGCACAUGUUCCCCUGUGCACACACACAUGCACACAGCAAUACUCAUCAGGGAGUGAAAGGACAAGUGGAGCCUCACCUGGGACACUUCUCCCAGACUUCCCUCUGUGGGGGCAUGGAAAAGAGGGCAAAAGAGCAGAGUAAGCAGUGGUGUUUGCCCAUGCACAUGUGGGCAGUGUGGCCUGUGCCCGAGUGGCCGCAUGUGCCUGUUCCUCCAGUCACCAGUGCUGGGGGUAAAAGGCAGAGUCAUCCUAGCUGGAUGGUCUGGAAUUAGUUUGCCAAAGAGGGGCUUUGAGGGGACUUGAUGGGGCUAUCACCAACUGUGGGAACUACAGAAGGAAGUAUCCAUUUUAGAGGAUACACAAAGUCAAAGCUAAGCUCAGGCAGUGUUUGGUUGGCACCAAGAAAGGCCCUGCAGCAUCUGUCCCACAGAACAGGAUAUGGGUACCGUAAGUAGAAAGGUGGAUUGCACGGGAGAAGGUAGAGUUGGCUUUAAAAUGAGACAGGACUGAAUAUGCAUUUGUACAUGAUCUUUUUGCUUUGUUUAGGACAGAAAUGUGGCUAGAUUAGAAAUGGGUCAUGACCUAAAACUUGCUGAAAGCUUUGUGAUGAGGGGAAAAUGGAGGGCCUUUACAAACAUUCUCAGUGUGGAAGUGGAGGCCAAAAAACCAGAAAGUCACAAGAAAAAUUUCAUACUAAAUUACUUGGGUAUUAUUGUGGGGCCUAUUUGGUAAAAACUAAAGUGCUCUGAGAAUCCCAGAGGAUCUGUACUCCUACGCAUAUACAGAGUUCAGUUUGCUGGUGAAGCUGGGGAAACAACUGGUUAUUCAUUGAGUGUCCCAGGCUAGCCUCCAACUUAAUCCCUACACUACAGGCAUACAGGAAAAAAACCCACUGCCUUCCCAAGGAAAAAUUCAGCAUAUUACUAGGGACUGUGCAUGUGUGUGUGCAUGUCAUCUAUUCUCUGGUUUAUACACCCCCCAGCCAUUUACUUUCUGCUUGUGGUCCUCCUUUGCUAGCAGCCACUUUUCCAGUGUGAUCCCACAAGUACACCAAGAAAGCAUUGCUCCUGAAACACUGCUUCCAAACACAGCAGAUGCCCCAGCUGCAGGGAAGGGGUUUGCCACCUCUUUCUGGGUCAGGGUUGCCCAGCCUUUUGCUAAACCCUUAGGAAUGCGUACAGGAGGCAGAAUGAGGUUCUCAUAGCCCUUUCUCCUUGGGACAAGUCUCCCUUCCAUUAGACUUGCUCCUCUCUUUCAAGCAGUAGCCAUUCUCUGACUGGACUGAGCAGAAAGUUUGGAUAUAUAAAAAUGUAGGUUUUUGGGGAAAAAAAAAAGAAAUGCAAGUGGUUCUGAAGCAGUCUGUAGGCAGUGCAGCUAUUGUUAUUUCAUACUAAAUCUAAACCAACCUUCCUCUCCACAGCAGGCGCUUAUGAUGUAUAGCUUUUUCAUAACUGGUGCUCUACUUUUUCUUGGAGGCUUGAAAGUCUUUCUUUGUGAGCACCUGGAGAUUUUUCACGUAUGUUAUCCUAUGAAGAAAAAGAAGGCUGUAAAACUUAGCUAGACAACUUUGGGAGGGCGAUAAUGAGAGAAAAGGAGAAUACACAAUUCUGCCUUUGAAUCCUUCACAGUCUGGCUGGACUUUUUUGCAAGCCCAUAUUUGCAGUACACAUUCCUUCUGGCCCUGAAACAUAUAAUGAGCAUGCUGGGGAGAGAAGAUAACAGAACUUACACCUCACUUGGCACACUAUCAACCAUGGGAGAGGAUUGUGAGAAAAGCUACGGGAAUAUCUUGAGUUAAUGGACAAAGGUGAGGCUGAGUCAGAAGAGAUUCUGCAUCUGGAUGUAUGACAUAGGAGCAGCCAACAUGAAUUGAUGAGGAGAUUAUGUCCCUGAAAAGCCCCAGAGAGAAUGUCUUAGGAGAAAUCAUCACCGCAGAGUUAAUUCAGAUCACCAGAAUCCACUUAGCUCCAGUGAAGGGAAGCAGCCAUGCUACAAAACCUAUCUCAGAUGAUUGCUUUCUCACUCAUCCUGUACUGCAUUGCAUUGCCAGUGUUUCUGGAAAAAAAAAAAAAAAAAACAAGAAAAAAAAGAAAAAAAAAACAAACCUGUGUGCAAACUGAAGUUCUGUGACUCUUCCCAAACAUGGAGGAAGGAAUCUUCUAUUUUAUCUAGGAAAGCUGUACGAAGGAACUCAAGAAGUAGCAGUUCUCCAAAAGCUUUGUCUCUCAUCUCCUUGUGGAGUGUUGUCUAUCCCUGGCUAGUGAUUUAAGCCAUUAGCCUUAGACAGACAAGCUAGCCCAGGCUGAAAGCAUUACUGAACUCAGGUGUAGAGAGGGGUUGUGUGGACCAGAGGAAGGGUGCUCUACAUAAUUCUGCAGUCAAGAAAUAACCUCAGAAAGUCUGAAUCUUACUCCAGUAUCCCUUUCCCUCAGGCCCCUAAAGUUAAGUGCUCUCAGGGCCUGAAAGUCUCAGGGAAUUCAUUUUGCCACUGGAAAAAUAGAGAAGUCUGGCCUUAGUAUGUAAGGUAGAUUGCAUGGGUUUAGUAUUUUGGUGAUCCCACUCCAGAUUUCCAGGAGACAAUGAUUUCUGCUGAGGAGUGAUUGCCAAACACCAUUCAAUGUUAGAUAUCAUGAUUGAAGUGAGUGGAAUAAUUGCAUUUUCCCCAUCAUUUUGGAUAAUGUAAUGGCAGGAAAUGGAAAAAGCUGGGUUUGAUUGGAGAACAAAUAUUAAAUAUAGGAGCAAGGAAAAUAACUAGGAGGCUGUGAAUCCUGCAUUUUACUUACACCCUUGCUUCAAUGCCAUGUUUAGAGGCAAAACUGAAGUAGUUUAAUGGAUUUCAGCCCCUCACAAACUUUUCUGCAUUCUAUGCUGACACAGGAUUUGAUCUGCAGAAGCAGAGGCUGCUGCUGAUGAGGCCUGCAGUGCUCAUAGUGUAUCCCAAGUAAGGCCUGUAGCUGCAAGUAGCAUGAGAUGAGAAAUAAUACUGAGAUGCAUCUGUCAAGUUGUAAGGAAGAAAUCUGAACUACUGCUGGCUUUAAGCAGCUCUGCUGAUGUCUGCUCAUGAAAAUGCUGUGGCUGGCCUGUUAGAAAGGUCACAGGUGAGGUUACAAGGAAUACUUUUGGAACAUGUAAGCUUGUCUUGAGCCUCUCCAUGUCUAAUUCCUCAGCUGUUGAACAAGCACAGACAUAAACAGUUGUUUGACAAGUUUUAGCUCCCACCUGCUAAGUUAUAAGCUGCAGUGGUAGGCCAAACCCCAUUGUUCCCUUGUUAAGUAUUUGAAGAUGUCUUCAUGGGCUCUGAUUUAAAAUUGCCUAUCAUCCCUCCUCUCUAGCAUGCUGCAGGCUACACAUUGCAGCUAUGGCAAUUCAGGGGUUUUAUCUUUGCUUCAGAAGUAACAGUCCCUUCCCUCUCAAUAUAUGGGAACACUUACCAGAGAUAACCUCAAGAUCCUGCAGCACCUGAGAGGAAACAUCUCAGAAGAGACUGAUGUGAAGAGGAGUCACUGAUACCAGACAUGAGCACAGUGUGAGGCAAGAUUGCUCCUCAUAAAGAAUAUACCUUUCUGCUAAAAUUGCACCCCCUACUAGACCCUUUUCCUAGAAGAGACCCAUCAGUGCUCUGAAAAUGGGAGCCCAGCAGCAGUGCUCUGUCUGGUGAAAGAUGUGACCCCAGAUGAACAGAGUUGGCAUCUUUGUUUAUGGAAAUACCUUUUUUCCUUUUCUGUUUUGUCUUUUUAUUUUUCCCAAUUUAAAAUCACUUUCUAUUUGU